CUGAGCCUCAUCUUCCAAUAUCGCUCUCAUACGCGAAGAACGUGCCGAUUAUAAAGCGCGCCUUCUGCGCUCUGAGACAAACUGCGCGGGUUGUAACUGACUGAUGAUGUUCAGUCCUUGCGACCUUGAACGAUCCCCGUAUGGUCCCCCGAUCUGAGACACCCUGGUCCGGCAGGCGACUGGGCCUGUCAUUGCCCCACGACUGUUAUUGGUAUUGUGUCAUCCUGGUACAAUUGCGAUCUACCAAGAGUGGCCGAAUUUCAGUUCAUAACUUACCGUGUCGACUUAGCAUUUGUCGUAUGACACAAUCGCUUCAUUGGUCAACGCACCUGACUUACCUAGCCAAGCUCUAACCACGCGAAAAGCAGCGGGUCGGCGACUACACCACAGUGAGAACAGUGUGUUUCUUGUUCGGGCCCUUGCGGCUCCACGACCUGACGGCUACUCCCUCCGCAACUCUUUUCUACUCCAUCGGCAAUCCAAUACGACCCCCAGCAUGCUUGUGCGCAACAUAUUAGGACUGACAACUAUUGUGUACCUUGCUACCGGUCUCGCUGCUGCCAGUUCAAGCUGCUAUUAUCCUAAUGGUAACAAAAACAAUGGUGGAGCGUGCGAUGCGAACGCGGAAGUGUCUGCAUGCUGUGGGCCAACAUUUGUCUGCUUGAACAAUGGCCUCUGUCAGCCUGGUGCAGAUACCAAACGAACAUACGCGUAUGACUUUUAUCGCAGUGGUUGUACAGAUGCCACGUUCAACUCUACAUUGUGUCCCCAAUUCUGUGUUGGCUUGGGUUACCACAAUGAUCGUGGCCAAGGCGUGAAGAGUUGUGGUAAUAACACUUACUGCUGUGGGGCCUCCGGAGACUGUUGCAGCGACUUUUCCAAUGUUUUCGCGCUGGACGCGGUGCAGGUCAUCACUACCAUAUCAGCAUCAUCUGCAUACAUAACGGACACCGCCAACGGGACUUCAGCAAGUAUUUCGGCGCCAGAAGAAGAUCACCAUGCGCUAGCGAUAGGUCUAGGCGUCGGUAUUGGGAUGGGAGGCUUCCUUGUGGUUGCCCUCGCGAUACUCUACGUUCUGAAACGCAGAGCUAAGCUGAAACGCAAUGCUGAGCAUGGAAAAGAAGAGGAAGUCUCAGAACUGGAUGCGUCGUCGAUAGCCCAGCUACCAGAUGCAUCGGCUGAGCCUGCACCUGCACCUACCAAGGUUGGUCAUACUGCACUAGCGGGUGCCGUAAUUCAUGAAAUAGCUGACGGAAGAGCGGGUUCAUCCGCCGCGCCUCAUGAGCUGGAAGCCAAUAACACCUACGACUGGGAGCCGCGGGGCGAGCCCGAACCGCGUGAUGGAGGCCUCAAACCUGUGGAUAACACCGCGCAUUAAAUGCCAAAAUAGCCAUUCUAAUACAGGAGUAGUUACCAGACUAUAUUUACAACGAAUGCACAAUAUAGUCCGGAGAUCGUGUGAUUCUGUAUGUCUUGGUACAUGAGAGUGUGGCUAAACAAAGCGCGCUGUAAGUGAACUGAUCAGCUCCCUUAGUUUUACAUGCUCUAUCUGGAAGCACC